AUGGAGAUGCCCUGGACUGGAGGAGGUGACUUUGGUCCAGAGACGUCCCCCCAAGUCCUGCCCUCUGGCCGUGGUGGCGACUUUUCCGUGAGCAGCCUCCCUGUAGUGGAGGACACCUACAGGGUGAGCUUGGCCAAAGGUGUCUCCAUGUCUCUGCCUUCAUCGCCUCUGCUGCCUCGACAGACUCACUCAGUGCAAUCAAGAUCAAAUAAAAAAUCUCCAGGUCCCGUCAGGAAGCCCAAGUAUGUGGAAAGCCCCAGAGUGCCUGGAGAUGCAGUUAUAAUCCCGUUCCGAGAAGUGUCCAAGGCAGCAGAGCCCAGUGAGAAUGAAGCAAAGGCCGAUAAUGAACCCAGCUGUUCGCCAGCAGCUCAAGAACUGUUGACAAGGCUGGGAUUUUUACUGGGAGAAGGGAUCCCAAGUGCCACACACAUAACCAUUGAAGAAAACAAUGAGACCAUGCGCACAGCUCUGAGCCAAGGCAUCAGUCCUUGCUCCACAUUAACCAGCAGCACCGCCUCUCCCAGCACCGAUAGCCCCUGCUCAACCUUGAAUAGCUGUGUCAGCAAGACGGCAGCCAACAAAAGUCCCUGUGAGACCGUUAGCAGCCCUAGUUCCACCCUGGAAAGCAAGGACAGUGGAAUUAUAGCCACCAUUACAAGUUCAUCCGAAAAUGAUGACCGGAGUGGCUCCAGUUUGGAAUGGAAUAAGGACGGAAGCCUAAGGUUAGGGGUACAGAAAGGAGUCCUUCAUGAUCGCAGGGCAGAUAAUUGCUCCCCAGUGGCAGAAGAGGAGCCCCCUGGGUCAGCGGAGAGCGUGCUGCCUGACACUGAAGCCUCAGUUGGAGAUGGUCCGGUCCCUUAUUCUCAGAGCUCCAACUCGCUAGUAAUGCCACGGCCCAACUCAGUUGCAGCGACAAGCUCCACCAAGUUGGAAGAUCUGAGUUAUUUAGACGGGCAGAGAAAUGCCCCUCUUCGAACGUCCAUUAGAUUGCCGUGGCACAGUACAGCCGGAGCACGAUUUGCUCCCUACAAGCCACAGGACAUUUUGUUGAAACCCCUGUUGUUUGAAGUACCAAGCAUAACAACAGACUCUGUGUUUGUGGGAAGGGAUUGGCUCUUUCACCAGAUAGAAGAAAACUUGAGGAACACAGAACUGACAGAAAAUAGAGGCGCCGUGGUUGUUGGAAACGUGGGCUUUGGGAAGACAGCCAUCAUUUCUAAGCUGGUGGCACUUAGCUGCCACGGAAGCCGCAUGAGGCAGAUUGCUUCCAGCAGCCCCGGUUCACCGCCUAAAACUUUGGAUUCCUCCCAGGAUCUUCCUGUCACCCCACUGCUCUCACCGAGUUCUUCUGCAGGUGUUACCAACACAGCUAGAACACCCCCUGGGUCUGCGCCGGAUGCUCCUGAGAACCAGAGACCGAGAGAGGAUGCCGUGAAGUACCUCGCCUCGAAGGUCGUGGCCUACCACUACUGCCAAGCCGACAACACAUACACGUGCCUGGUGCCCGAGUUCGUGCACAGUAUCGCAGCCCUGCUCUGCCGGUCCCAGCAGCUGGCUGCCUACAGGGACCUCCUGAUAAAGGAGCCCCAGCUCCAGAGUGUGCUGAGCCUCAGGUCCUGCGUGCAGGACCCCGUGGCCGCCUUCAGGAGGGGGGUGCUGGAACCACUCACCAGCCUAAGAAACGAGCAGAAAAUUCCUGAAGAAGAAUACAUUAUUUUGAUAGAUGGCUUAAACGAGGCUGAGUUUCAUAAGCCUGACUAUGGAGAUACGCUUUCUUCAUUUAUUACCAAAAUUAUUUCUAAAUUUCCUGCCUGGCUGAAGUUGAUUGUGACUGUAAGAGCGAAUUUUCAGGAAAUCGUAAGCACGCUGCCCUUUGUCAAGCUUUCCUUAGAUGACUUCCCAGACAACAAGGACAUUCACAGUGACCUGCACGCCUAUGUCCAGCACCGGGUCCACAGCAGCCAGGACAUUCUCAGCAACAUCUCCCUGAACGGCAAGGCCGACGCCGCCCUGAUCGGCAAAGUGAGCAGCCACCUGGUGCUGCGGAGCCUGGGCUCCUACCUGUACCUCAAACUCACCCUGGACCUCUUCCAGAGGGGACACCUGGUCAUCAAGAGCGCCAGCUACAAGGUGGUGCCCGUGUCUCUGUCUGAGCUCUAUCUGCUGCAGUGCAACAUGAAGUUCAUGACCCAGUCUGCCUUCGAGAGAGCGCUGCCCAUUCUGAACGUGGCCCUGGCAUCCCUCCACCCCAUGACUGAUGAGCAGAUCUUCCAGGCUAUUAAUGCAGGCCACAUACAAGGGGAGCAGGGGUGGGAGGACUUCCAGCAAAGGAUGGAGGCGCUCUCCUGCUUCCUCAUUAAGAGGCGAGACAAGACCCGCAUGUUCUGCCACCCGUCCUUCAGGGAGUGGCUUGUUUGGAGAGCAGAUGGCGAGAACACAGCCUUCCUGUGUGAGCCCAGGAAUGGGCAUGCUCUCCUGGCCUUCAUGUUCUCUCGACAAGAAGGCAAGCUGAACCGCCAGCAGACCAUGGAGCUUGGCCACCACAUCCUGAAGGCACACAUUUUCAAGGGCCUCAGUAAGAAGACAGGAAUCUCUUCGAGUCACCUCCAAGCCCUGUGGAUCGGUUACAGCACCGAGGGGCUCUCUGCUGCCCUCGCCUCCCUCAGGAACCUCUACACUCCCAACGUGAAGGUGAGCCGUCUCCUGAUUUUGGGAGGGGCCAACGUGAACUACAGGACGGAAGUGUUAAAUAAUGCCCCAAUCCUGUGCGUCCAGUCCCACCUCGGCCAUGAGGAGGUGGUCACUCUGCUCCUGGAAUUUGGCGCCUGCCUGGAGGGAAUGUCGGAGAAUGGCAUGACCGCCCUCUGCUAUGCCGCAGCUGCCGGCCAUAUGAAGCUGGUGUGUCUGCUGGCCAAGAAGGGCGCGAGGGUGGACCACUUGGAUAAGAAAGGCCAGUGCGCGCUGGUGCACAGCGCACUGAGGGGCCACGGCGACAUUCUCCGGUAUCUGCUGACCUGUGAGUGGUCGGCGGGCCCUCCCCAGCCGGGCGCGCUGCGGAAGAGCCAAGCCCUGCAGCAGGCGCUAACGGCGGCCGCCAGCAUGGGCCACAGCUCGGUGGUCCAGUGUUUGCUGGGGCUGGAGAAGGAGCACGAAAUAGAUGUCAAUGGCACUGACGCGCUGUGGGGAGAAACAGCCCUGACUGCCGCUGCUGGAAGAGGCAAGCUGGAGGUGUGCGAGCUGCUGCUGGAGCACGGAGCUGCUGUGUCCCGGACCAACAGGAGAGGGGUCCCACCUCUGUUCUGUGCGGCACGCCAGGGACACUGGCAGAUUGUUAGACUGCUUUUGGACCACGGCUGUGAUGUAAGCCUAAGUGACAAGCAGGGCCGGACUCCCCUCAUGGUGGCAGCUUGUGAAGGACACUUGAGCACCGUGGAAUUUCUCCUUUCAAAAGGUGCCGCACUUUCUUCUCUGGACAAAGAGGGGCUGUCGGCCUUAAGCUGGGCUUGUCUGAAAGGUCACAGAGCAGUGGUCCAGUUCCUGGUUGAGGAAGGAGCCAAGAUAGACCAGACGGACAAGAACGGCCGCACUCCCUUGGACCUGGCCGCCUUCUACGGCGACGCAGAGACGGUGCUGUAUCUGGUCGAGAAGGGAGCUGUGAUCGAGCACGUGGACCACAGCGGCAUGCGCCCCCUGGACAGAGCCAUUGGUUGUCGAAACACAUCCGUAGUGGUCACACUGCUGAGAAAAGGAGCCAAAUUAGGAAAUGCUGCCUGGGCAAUGGCUACUUCCAAGCCUGAUAUUUUGAUUAUACUUUUACAGAAAUUGAUGGAGGAAGGAAACAUGAUGUACAAAAAAGGGAAGAUGAAAGAGGCAGCCCAGAGGUACCAGUAUGCCUUAAGGAAGUUUCCCCGGGAAGGAUUUGGAGAGGAUAUGAGGCCAUUCAAUGAAUUAAGAGUUUCUCUCUAUCUCAAUUUGUCUCGCUGCCGGAGAAAAACAAAUGACUUUGGCAUGGCAGAAGAAUUUGCUUCCAAGGCUCUCGAAUUGAAACCAAAGUCCUACGAAGCCUUUUAUGCCAGGGCAAGAGCGAAGAGAAAUAGCAGGCAGUUUGCGGCGGCCCUGGCUGACCUACGGGAAGCUGUGAAACUGUGUCCCACCAAUCAGGAAAUCAAGAGGCUCCUGGCCCGUGUGGAGGAGGAAUACAAGCAAGUCCAGAGGAGCCAACAGCACAAACAGCAGUGCCCACCACCGGCGCCACCCAACGACUCGGAUAACGAAGAGGACACCCCGACCCCUGGCUUGAACGACCACUUCCAUCUCGAGGAGGCCGAAGAAGAAGAAACUUCGUCCCAGGAAGAGUCCGUUCCCCCGACGCCCAGGCCUCAGCCAUCCUCGUGUGUCCCCUCCCCGUACAUCCGAAACCUUCAGGAAGGCUUGCAGUCCAGAGUCAGGCCGGUGUCCCCGCAGAACAGGCCGGGAGUCGGGAAGGCGCCGAGGGAGGCCGUGGCUCCGCCGGGGCUGGUGAUGCAGCCCACGCGGCAGGCGCAGAUAGUGAAGACCAGCCAGCGUCCGGGGCCCGGGCAGGCGGGCGUGCGAAGCGGCAGCACCAAAAUGCAGGUCUCCGCUCAGACUCCUUCCCCGAGCCCUCUGCCGGGUGGGGUGGCGGCCGCUCCUGCCGGUGGCAGAAACCAGCGUCUGGAGGGCACAGGUACUUUGACCGCGGGAGCCGGUUCCGGCCAUUUCGGAGAGCGGCUGGGCCCCAGCCACGGCGUCCAGCUGCCGCUCGGCGAGGCGGGUGCCGUCUAUCCUUUACCCAGCAAGAUAAAAACUGCCGAGAGGCUUCUGUCUCACGCCCCCAUUGCUGUGGAUGUGGCUCCUUUAAACCAGGGCGGGCUGGCGAGCCGCAGCGACGUGCGACAUCCCGCUUCCCUCAGCUCCGGCUCUUCCGGCUCUCCGUCCGGCAGCAUAAAGAUGUCAAGCUCAACCAGCAGUCUGACGUCAAGCAGCAGUGUCUCAGACGGCUUCAAGGGCCAAGGACCGGACGUUCGCAUUAAAGACAAGGCUGUUAACCCGGUGCAGAGCGGCACAGCGGAGCACAGGCCGCGCAACACUCCGUUCAUGGGCAUCAUGGAUAAGACUGCAAGGUUCCAGCAGCAGAGCAAUCCUCCCGGCCGCACCUGGCACUGUCCGCGGCCCGAGGGGCUCCUGACGAACGCGACGUCCGCGGCCGGCCUGCAGCCCUUGAACUCGGAGAAGCCCUCUCUCAAACAAGCGGGAGGAUACGCUAGCCAAGCCAAAGCCUGUUCUGUUUCUACCCUGGGUGGCAGUGUCCACAAUGGGGCACAGGGGAAGGAGCUAGAAGAGAAGAAAUGCCAAACGGCAGUCCACUGCCAAGAUAACAGGAUCGCUAAGACGGUGUCUCAUCUGUAUCAGGAGAGUAGCUCUAAACAGCAGCUUCACGGCAGUAACGAAGCCCACAGGAGUCACCUCCCUUCAGCCAAACCAAAACGGUCAUUCAUAGAGUCAAACGUGUGAGCCUUAAGA